GUUUGACGAUCAUCUCCCGACAAGUCGACCGUAGCCGUCAUACAUCAUCUAGUACGUCAGUACAAAUCCGAUUAAAGAGCUCUAUCAGAUAUCCGGUGACGAAAAAGACGACGGCACUCGUCUGGUCGUGCCGGCAGUCAAUCGACGGGACGCAGCGAGGGGAUGGGAUCAGAGGAUAUCAACGAUAGUUUAACGACCAAACAUUUUACGAAACCGAUCGACGAAGGGGGAGAGCGGCGGUCUGGUGGUUUGGCGACCACUCGCACCGAACGACGUACUUUGCCAUCUGCGAUCCAAGACCUGACGAAUACCCAUACUGGACGACGCACUCUGCCAGCUCCGAUUCAAGACCUGACGAACACCCAUACUGGACGACGCACUCUGCCAGCUCCGGCUUUAGAGUUUACGAAAACUUCGCUUGAAGACCUCGCGAGAAGGUCAAAUCUGAUCAAGCACGACGAGAACAGUCACAGAGCUGUUCGCGGCCGGCGAUCUUGGUUCGAAAUCCAGAAGCAAGGCAACGUCGCCGGUCUUAUCUUUGACCGGAAAUAUCCUCGCUCGUCUCGCGCAACCAAACCGACUCCCUCAGAGAUCGCUCAACUCGAGACCGAACAAACGUCAUCCUCGACAACAUCCGCCGAGAUGGCUAGCGAAGUCGUCGCCCCCGUCCACAUCGUUGGCAAUGUCGUUCCACCUCCUCUGCCGGCCGAAUCACCCGAGGUGUGGGCCGAGCUCUGGCGGCCUGGCGGUAGCGAUGAUUACGAGCUCUUGGUCUAUCCGCCUACCCUCGGCGACCACCGCGCGAUCAUCAAUCAAAUCCUCUAUCUUUUGAUAUCGGCUAUUCCUUUCGCUGUCGACAAGGAGGGUAAAGAUCUCAAUUACCGAUUCCGUUGCGAAGGCGAGUACGCUUUCAAGACCUCUGAACUCAAGGACUUUCUCCUGCGCGCGCCGAAAUUAAAGCUUCGCGGCGUGGUCGACGGGGCGAUCAGAGUACUCAAUCUCGACACACGCGACUUUGCCAAUCGUCCAUGCGUCCUCAUCUUCGAGGUGAAACCCGCCGCUGUCAAACCCACCGGCGCCAAGAACAAAAGCGGAGCAGAAGUCGAAUACUUCGUCAGCGCCGCCAUCGCGAAAGAAGCGGACGAGCAGAUCCGGCACCGCGCCAACUCUGCAUCCCUCAACCCUGCUUCUCCUACUCUCAUCUUUCUCAGCAUUAUUGGCUGUUCUAUCAGACCUUACCUAUGGACGGGUGGGCAGAUUAGACCCAGCAAUGUUGACAUCACUAUCCAUGAGAGUAGGACCUCAGAGGGACCUAGUCCCACCUUGUGGGUAGAUCUGAGGAGUGAUCACGGCAAGAGGCUGUUUCAGCAGGUGGUGUUGGAUGUUGUGAGGAUUCUGGGAGGCAGAGGUCCUCUAGACCCUGAAAUGUAUGGCCCAGUCGGCGUGGGGGCUUCGCAAGCGUCUGUCGUUUUUGACACCGGCGGUGAGUAGCGAUCGCGAGACGUGAAUCACGAUUUCCUUCUGUUCACGAAAAGGUGUGAUUGUACGUUGAUUGACCGCGGCGAAACGUUCGGAACCCAGCUGUCGAUCGCCGCGGACGCUGAACGAUGUAAUGAGAUAACAUACGCGGCCGAUUCCUGAC